GACUGGCUGUCUCUUCGCUUGUUGUUCAGAUCAAGAUGGCUGCUGUUGUUCGGGAUGGAGAGUGAGCCCGGGCUGUCAUCCGAACACAGGCCGAGAAAACGGACUUAAACCCGGACAACGAGCGAACGAAUCCUCGCUGGACCCGAAGCCGGUCCGGUUAAACCGACUUUAAUUCUCUUCUGAAGGAGGCGCAGUGACAUCAUCAAACAUGGACACCACCACCUCCAUCAAGAUGACCACGCUGGCCAUCCAGAACCUGUUCAGCUACGUGGAGGAGGAGAACCUGCCGGCGCUCAAAGCUCACCUGGACCGCUUCAAGGAAGUAGACGGCCGCAGCGACAACGGUCAGACUCCUCUGAUGCUGGCGGCGGAGCAGGGCAGCCUGGAGAUCGUCCAAGAGCUCAUCAGGAGAGGAGCCAACGUCAACCUGGACGACGUGGACUGCUGGUCGGCUCUGAUCUCUGCAGCUAAAGAAGGUCACGUGGACGUAGUGAAGGAGCUGCUGGAGAACAGCGCCUACAUCGAGCACCGAGACAUGGGAGGCUGGACGGCUCUGAUGUGGGCGGCUUACAAAGGUCGCGUGGAGGUCACCACGAUACUGCUGGAGCACGGAGCCAACCCCAACACCACCGGACAGCAGUACAGCGUGUAUCCCAUCAUCUGGGCGGCGGGUCGAGGACACGCCGACAUCGUCAAACUGCUGCUGCACAACGGAGCCAAAGUCAACUGUUCUGACAAGUAUGGGACCACUCCUCUGAUCUGGGCGUCCAGGAAAGGACACUUUGACUGUGUGAUGCACCUGCUGGAGAACGGAGCUGACGUGGACCAGGAGGGGGCGAACUCGAUGACGGCGCUGAUCGUGGCGGUGAAGGGCGGCUACACAGACGUGGUGAAGGAGCUGCUGAAGAGGAACCCGAACGUCAACAUGACCGACAAGGACGGCAACACGGCGCUGAUGAUCGCCGCCAAGGAGGGCUACACCGAGAUCGUCCAGGACCUGCUGGACGCGGGGACGUACGUCAACAUCCCCGACCGGAGCGGCGACACAGUGCUGAUCGGGGCGGUGAGGGGGGGUCACGUGGAGAUCGUCAGAGCUCUGCUGCAUAAAUACGCCGACAUCGACAUCAGAGGACAAGAGAAUAAGACGGCUCUGUACUGGGCCGUGGAGAAAGGAAACGCCACCAUGGUGAGAGACAUCCUGCAGUGUAACCCCGACACCGAGACCUGCACCAAGGACGGAGAGACGCCUCUGAUCAAAGCCACCAAGAUGAGGAGCAUCGAGGUCGUGGAGCUGCUGCUCGAUAAAGGAGCCAAAGUGUCGGCCGUGGACAAAAAAGGAGACACGCCCCUCCACAUCGCCAUCCGAGGGCGGAGCCGCCGACUGGCCGAGCUCCUCCUCAGAAACCCUAAAGAUGGCCGCCUGCUGUACCGACCCAACAAGGCGGGAGAGACGCCGUACAACAUCGACUGCAGCCACCAGAAGAGCAUCCUCACGCAGAUCUUUGGAGCUCGUCACCUGUCCCCCACAGAGACAGAUGGAGACAUGUUGGGUUAUGAUCUGUACAGUUCUGCUCUCGCCGACAUCCUGAGUGAACCGACCAUGCAGCCGCCGAUCUGUGUGGGUCUGUACGCACAGUGGGGCAGCGGCAAGUCCUUCCUGCUGAAGAAACUGGAGGAUGAGAUGAAGACGUUUGCCGGGCAGCAGAUCGAGCCGUUGUUUCAGUUCUCGUGGCUCGUCGUGUUUCUGUCUCUGCUGCUCUGUGGCUCCGUCGCCGUCGUCCUCGGCUUCACCGUCGACCCCAAACUCGCCAUGGCGGUCUCCCUCAGCCUGCUGGCGCUGCUCUACCUCUUCUUCGUGGUGGUGUACUUCGGCGGGCGUCGGGAGGGGGAGAGCUGGAACUGGGCGUGGCUGCUCAGCACGCGUCUGGCGCGUCACAUCGGGUAUCUGGAGCUGCUGCUGAAGCUGAUGUUCGUCAACCCGCCGGAGCUGCCGGAGCAGAGCACCAGAGCGCUGCCCGUCAGGUUUCUGUUCACAGACUACAACCGGCUGUCCAGCGUCGGCGGCGAGACGUCGAUGGCCGAGAUGAUCGCCACGCUGUCCGACGCCUGCGAGAGAGAGUUCGGCUUCCUCGCCACACGUCUCUUCAGAGUGUUCAAGACGGAGGAGACGCAAGGGAAGAGGAAGUGGAAGAAGACGUGCUGCGUCCCGUCCUUCGUCCUCUUCGUCUUCGUGCUGGCCUGUCUGCUGACCGGCAUGGCGCUGCUGGCCGUCUUCAAGGUGGACGGAGACAACCGCACGGUGAACGCCGUGCUGAUCGCCAUCGGCAGCGUGGUGGGUUUGGCUCUGCUGCUGAACUGCAGGACGUGGUGGCAGGUGACCGACUCGGUGCUGAACUCUCAGAGGAAGAGGCUGCACGGCGCCGCCAACAGGAUGCACAAGCUGAAGAGCGAAGGCUUCAUGAAGGUGCUGAAGAACGAGGUGGAGCUGAUGGCGAGGAUGGCGAAGACCAUCGACGGCUUCACGCAGCAUCAGACGAGGCUGGCGGUCGUCAUCGACGGACUCGACUCCUGCGAACAGGACAAAGUUCUGCAGAUGCUCGACACGGUGCGCGUUCUCUUCUCCAAAGGUCCGUUCAUCUCCAUCUUCGCCAGCGACCCUCACAUCAUCAUCAAAGCCAUCAACCAGAACCUGAACAGCGUCCUGCGAGACUCCAACAUCAACGGACACGACUACAUGAGGAACAUCGUUCAUCUGCCCGUCUUCCUCAACAGCAGAGGACUCUCCAGCGCCAGGAAGAUGUGCGCCGCCGCGCCGGCCAACGGAGACGCCGCCAACACUGACGGUUGGCACGAGGAGUUGGACAGGAAACUGUCUCAGCACAGUUUAGGAGAACUCACCAAGUUUGGCAGCAAGACGACGCUGAACCGCCGGGACACGUACCGGCGGCGGCAGGUGCAGCGAUCGGUGACUCGUCAGAUGUCGUUCGACCUGACGAAGCUGCUGGUGACGGAGGAUUGGUUCAGUGACAUCAGCCCGCAGACCAUGAGGAGGCUGCUCAACAUCGUCUCUGUCACAGGUCGUCUGCUGAGAGCCAAUCAGAUCAGCUUUAACUGGGACCGCCUGGCGUCCUGGAUCAACCUGACGGAGCAGUGGCCCUACAGGACGUCCUGGCUCAUCCUGUACCUGGAGGAGACCGACGGAGUCCCCGACCAGGCCACGCUCAAGACCGUCUACGAGAGAGUGUCGAAGAACAUCCCCACCACCAAAGACGUGGAGCCUCUGCUGGAGAUCGACGGAGACGUCCGCAGUUUCGAGGUCUUCCUGUCGUCCAGAACGCCGGUCCUGACGGCGCGAGACAUCCGCACCUUCCUGCCCUGCACCGUCAACCUGGACCCCAAGCUGAGAGAGAUCAUCGCAGAUGUUCGUGCGGCCCGUGAACAGAUGAAUAUGGGCGGGGUCACGUACCCGCCCCUCCCCCUGCAGGAGGCUCAGCCCCGCCCCACCUCGGUGUACAGUCAGGUGUCGUCGGCGUGCUCGCCGUCCGCCUCCUUCAGCGGCCCGUUCAACCAGCCGGCAGGGGGCGGAGUCUCCCCGCAGCCUCACAGCAGCUACUACAGCGGGAUGGCCGGACCGCAGCACCCCUUCUACAACCGGCCAUAUUUCCCCCAUCACCUUUACCAGUUGCCACGCCCCCUCAUGGCCUCCUACCCAUCAUACCUUGCUCCACGCCCGCUCGCUAAAAGCUGCUUCCCGCGGGACGCCGCAGCCGGCUCGGCCUCCGUGGUGUCAGGCGCUCCGCCCAUCCUCCUCAGCUCCAUGGCGACAGAGUCCGUCUGUGAGCGCGUGCGGCAGAUCGAUGGCAUCGACCAGAGCAUGUUGGGACAGUACACCGCCACCAUCAGGAAGGCCAACGUGAACGGCAGAGUUUUGUCUCAGUGUAACAUCGACGAGCUGAAGAAGGAGAUGAACAUGAACUUUGGAGACUGGCAGCUCUUCAGAGCCACGGUUCUGGAUAUGCGUCACAUUGAGAGCCAGGUGCUGCACGAGGAAGCCGCCAGUGAGACAGGAAGCGUCGUGGGUGGUCACACGGAGGCGGGAAGGCGUGCCGUGGCUCCGCCCCACGCCGGCGCCGCCAACACAGACGCGUCGCCGAUGUACAGCUUCAACCUGAGCUUCGAGGAGCUGAGCACUGUCGGGCUGGACGAACCGCAGCGACACGGAAACAUGCAGUGGAUGGGUGGCCCUCACCGCACCGCCAGCAUGACCAGCCUCAACUCUCAGGAGUCCUCCAACGACAUCUCAAGACUGACGGACAAGCAGCAGGCCGAGUACCGCGACGCCUACCAGGAGUACAUCGCCCAGAUGGCCCAGCUGGAGAUGGGCGGCGGCGUCGGAGAGAAACCUGUCCAGCCUCAGCCAGGACAGUUCAUGACAUCAUCAUCCGAGGACAAGAGCAAGGACGGCGGUGAGCAGGACGGACGCAAAUCCUUCACCAAGAGGAGCGGCGGCAAGCCAGCGGCGGACAACUCCGACUUCGUCUCCAACGGUGACACCCUGGACCCCAUCACAGAGGAGGACGAGAAGGGCGACCACGGAUCCUCCAAGUCCCUGCUGACCCGUAAGAGCUCAGCUGAGCGAGGCGGGCUUUUCCAGGGCGCCGCUGACCUGAAGCUGAAGGCCGGCGGCGGGCUGCGCUACCAGAAGCUGACCAGUGAUGACGAGGAGUCCGAGGAGUCGGACAACGCUCCGCUGCUGAAAGACGGCAAGACGGUGGUCGACCCCAAACUGCCCGGUGGCUCGCUGGCACUGAAAGGGAAGGACUACCUGUCGGACGCCAUGCUGGACAAGAAGGACUCGUCCGACUCGGGCGUGCGUUCCAACGAGAGCUCACCCAACCACUCGCUGCAGGAUGAGGAGGCCGACCUGUCGCAGCUGGAGAGGGCCAACCUGAUCGAGCUGGACGAGGAGAGCCUGGCCAGGAAGCGCGGCCUUCCCAGCAGCCUCAGCGGCCUGCAGGACCCGGCUGUCGCCCGCAUGUCCAUCUGCUCCGAGGACCAGUGCAGCCUGCUGGCCAGCAGCCCCGAGGAGAGCUGGCCCUCGUCCAAGUCCUUCAACCUGAACCGCACGCCGAGCAACGUGACGCUCAAUAAUAACACCAACGCCCAGCAGGGCAACCGCCCCCGCCAGCCCGCAGAGGGCUCCACCUCCUCCUCCAACGCCACUUCCUCCUCCAGUGAUGUCAUCAUCUCUCCCAGCUCCGGGACCACUGGGACCACUGGCACCUCUGGGACCACCGGGACCACCGGGACCACCGCCACCAGGCCGGGGCCCAACAACGAGAACGUCCGAGUGGUUCACCUGAAGAGGGGGCUGAAACCCGGAGACCCGCCAGAGAUCUGCGCCGUGUCGUCCGACACCGUCACCUUCGGCGAGGAGCGGGAGAGUAUCCUGUGACCUCACAGUGACCCCGGGGAGAUACAGAGAGCACUGAGAGCCCACCAGGAGCCGCUUCUCAAACCUUCUGAACCAGUCAGAAGCCAGGUUUCAGACCAGUGUCCAGCAGUCGGGAAAACCAUCGACAAAUCAAACACUUAAAAGUUAGACGUCAGAUGCUGUUUGGCUAAAAAUUUUAAUAUUUCAGACUUUAAACUAUAAAACCAGUUUAACAGUCGAUAAUAUGACAGAAUGUUUUCAGAAGUGACGAGCGGCUGCUGGUGGGCCGGUAGUUUUAGUCUGUAGUGUGAUUAUCAGUCGGUGGUUGUUGGUGUUAGAUGCAUGCGCUCAGCUGUAGCCAGUAGAUGAACCUGAAGCUCUUUAUUCUAACUAGACGCUCAGCUGCAUGUUGUGACGUGAUUUGUCGCCUCCAGGAAACACUUUUACAUCACAGAUCGUAGCACAGCACCUCUUAUUUUUAGGUUAGGUCUAAAAAUCUGACGACUGUAAUCCAAAAAGCAUCAGAUUAGAAAAACAUCUUCUAACAUAAACCGAAUCCUCUGAUACGACAAAACAAAACAGAAACAGAAAUACUUCACUCAACAUACUCAUCAUUUGGUUAUAGAUCAUUUAAUUCGUUUUAAUUUUGUCGUCUUUAAUUUUCCUUCAGGCAGUUUUAGUCAUUUAAAACAUGUAAUCCUGUCAUUUAGUUUAGUUCAGUUUUAGAACUUUGACCCAGUUAAACUUAAUCAUCACUGUUGUUUAUUAAAAUCUUCAUGACUCUGAACCUGGAGGCCGACGUGCUGCUGCAGUUUCCCACAGACUGAAAACGUCACGUUUGUGAUGUUUUUAUUGAUUUUGAAACAUUAGUAGAGAAAAAAAACAGGUCAGAAAUUCUAAAUUAAAGUUUGAGAAGUAAAACUAGAGAUAAGUGACUUCAGGGUGGGAAACUGGUCAGUAAUCAGUGUUAACUAGUCGUUAAACUCGUAUCAGUUUACAACGUUUGUGUUUUUUCACUGUGUAGAUGCAGAAAACUGUUUCUAGUUUAGAUGUAGUUCUUUAUUUACACUGUGAGCCAAAUGAACAAAUCAGUGAUCGUGUUUCACCGUCGUGUUUUCACUAAGAGCCGAAACUGAGAACUGCAGUAAAAUUAAUAUUUUUUCUCAGUGAAGUUUGUGUUGAAUCAGCUGAACAUCAACGUGGAACAACAACAACAAAAAGACCAAAACAGCUGAUUUACGAAGGCUUCACAUCAUUUAUUUGUCUCGUUGAAUUAAAUUAUUAUAAAAUGAGAUGUUUGCCUUGAGAGUCUGAACGCCUUUUUAAAUUUAACUCAUCUUCAGUUUAUCAGUAAAGUAAAUGAGUUUCUUCUUGAUAAUGAGAGAGUCUCUUAAAAAUAAUAAUCAGACUUCAGAACAUUUUUAGAGAAAACUGGUGGAAGUUUUUUUGUUUUUUUUCUGUAAAAUGAAAUAAAUCUGAAGAUGAAUUAUAACAAAGUUCAGUCUGCAGUUUGUUUCUGGAUUAAAGCCACACUGAUAAUCAGCUGAUAUUCAAAUUUUAAACAAACAUAUAAAAAAUAUUGUUAACAAUAAGAAUUUGAGCCUAAUUGAUUUCGUGGUUCAGAUGUAACUUCAGUAUCAGUUCUGAGUGUUUUCAUGUUUCCUGCAUGAAGCUGCAUGUUGAUGUUGAUGUUGAUGUUGUUUGAUAGUUUGUGUCUCAGUGCUCGUUAACAUCUUCGAUCGUUAAACUCGUCAUCUGCUGUCGUUCACUGAAACGAAUAAACUGGAUGUUAAACGUUGAA